CAACAUCCUCGAUUCGAUCCUUGAGACAUGCACAGGUUUUUUCAUUUGCAGGUUGAUAUGAAACAAAAGGAAGUAGAGAAUAAUAAACUACUGCCGUUUAUGGUCGACUUCCUCCUAUUCCUACUACUGACAACAGCAGUUUGUCUCACAAGUAUUCCACAGUAUUCCAUUGCAUCUGCUGAUUCCGUCGACUCUUCUCCGAUAUUCUAUGAUUCGUUCAACCAAUCUUUUGAGGGACAUUGGAUCGUCUCUGAGGAAAAUGACUAUAAUGGUGUAUGGAGGCAUUCGAAGAGUGAAGGACAUGAUGAUUACGGGCUUCUUGUGAGCGAAAAGGCAAGAAAGUAUGCCAUUGUGAAAGAGCUGGAUGAACCUGUCAGUCUGAACGACGGAACAAUCGUUUUGCAGUUUGAGACACGUUUCCAGAAUGGACUUGAAUGUGGUGGUGCAUAUUUGAAAUAUCUCCGGCAGCAAGAGGUGGCAGGAUGGAACCCCAAAGAAUUCAGUAACGAGACUCCCUACUCCAUCAUGUUUGGACCUGACAAAUGUGGUUCUACAAACAAGGUGCAUUUCAUCUUCAAGCAUAAAAACCCCAUAAGUGGAGAAUAUAUUGAGCAUCAUCUCAAGUCCCCCCCUCCCGCACCUUCUGACAAACUCUCACAUGUGUACACUGCGAUACUAAAACCUGAUAAUGAGGUGAGCAUUUUGGUUGAUGGAGAGGAGAAGAAAAAGGGUAAUUUUCUCCUGGCAGAUGAUUUCGAGCCAUCCCUGAUUCCAUCAAAGUCGAUUCCAGACCCUGAUGAUAAGAAGCCAUUAGACUGGGAUGAGAGAGCAAAGAUACCAGAUCCUGACGCGACAAAACCGGAUGACUGGGAUGAGGAUGCGCCCCUAGAAAUAGAAGAUGAGGAAGCUGUAAAGCCUGAAGGCUGGUUAGAUGACGAGCCUAAGGAAAUCAAUGACCCUGAUGCAGCUAAGCCGGAAGAUUGGGAUGAGGAGGAGGAUGGUGAAUGGGAGGCACCUACGAUUGAUAAUCCAUUGUGUGAAGAAGCUCCUGGUUGUGGCGAGUGGAAGAAGCCAAUGAAGAGGAAUCCAGCUUACAAGGGAAAAUGGCAUCCCCCAUUGAUCGACAACCCGAAUUUUAAAGGCAUUUGGAAGCCACAGGAGAUUCCAAAUCCUCACUACUUUGAACUUGACAGACCAAACUUUGAGCCAAUAGCUGCCAUUGGAAUCGAAAUUUGGACAAUGCAAGAUGGUAUCUUGUUCGACAACAUCUUGAUAGAAAAUGACGAGAAGGUUGCAGAAUCAUACAGGAUGACAACAUGGAAGCCAAAGUACGAAGCUGAGAAAGAAAAACAGAAGUCUGAGGAAGAACUCUCAGGCUUCCAGAAGGUGGUUUUCGAUCUUCUAUACAAGAUUGGAGAUAUUCCAUUCUUGGAUGCUUACAAGCUCCAGAUAGUUGAAUUCAUUGAUAGCGGAAAGAAGCAACCAAACGUCACAAUUGGAACCCUUAUAUCCAGUGCUGUGGUUACCUUGGUGAUAUGCUAUAAGAUUCUUUUUGGUGGGAAGAAACCAAAUGUGGCCACCAAGGAAGGGAGGACAGACAGUGCAGCUGCUAUUAAUCAGGGAAGAACUGGAGAGAAGGGUGAAGAGCCUGAGAGGGAAGCUACUGCUGCUGCUGCUCGUCGUCGGAGAGCUAAUAGACGGGAAACCUGAGAAAGAGGAAUGAGGGUUUAGUAAGUGCCUUGCCAAAUUACUUUGGUGAGCGAUUUUAUUCAGUGAAGUGUUCCUCGAUCCAGGUGUAGGUAUAUGACACCAAAAUAAUGGAGAACUACACUAGUUUUGCAGAAAUCUCAAAUUGAAGGAGUGAAGUAGAGCAGAAAUAUUGCGAUUACUAUGCAUUUGAUUUUCAAUUACAACCCACAGAUAAUACCUUAUAUUUUCUGCUGUAACCUAUACAAGAUGGGAUGAAAACAAAGAAAACAUAAAACUUAAUUCUCUCCAAACAGGUGUAUCUUUUAAAUCAAAGAUCAGCCAGGAAUUUUUAUUUGUUUUUCUAAA